AUGGAUGAAGAAAUGCUAGAGGCUGCUGUCCAAUUUGUGGACAAACUUGUUGAACUUGGGGUACUCCGAAGCAUUGAUGAAGGACUGACUGUCCUCAACAACGCCCCUCUAUUUGUGGUCGGGAAGGAUGGGCAACCGGGACAAUGGCGGGUAAUUGCCAACAUGCUACGGGGUGGUCAGAACGAUUGUGUUGGGCAGGACCCUGUUUUCAUGCCCAGGAUUGCUCACAUUGUGGACCAAAUGUACACUGAAGGAUACUCUGCAGUGGUCAACCUGUCCAAGUUCUUUUACAAUUUUCCGACACACCCAGAUGACCGACCGUACCUUGGUCUCCUGCAUCCUAAGACCGCGGAGCUACUGACCUACUAUGGGCUAGCUUUGGGAGCCGGCAACAGUCCAGCCAUUGCCUGCCGAAUCGGUCUUGCCUUUGUACAACUUGUUAAAGAGAAAUUUGGCGUUUUCCAAGGUGAAGCCAGAGCUAACUGCUACUGGACGGGAAUACAAGCCAAGCGAUUUGAUCCCAAGCUUGGCUAUGGAUUCAUCUUGACCUCCAACGAUGGAGGAGCUGUGCACAUCUGGGUCUGGGUGGACAACUUCCUCAUCCAUGGGCCCACACAUGAAAAGACAGCCCAAGGGCUGCAAUUCUUCUUGGACACGGCAGUUGACUGUGGAUUCCUCUUUCACCCAAAGAAAUUGGUCCUGCCUCAUCAAGUUGUCAAGUACUGUGGUUUCCUCUUUGACACCACAGCUGUUCCUUGCCUUCAAAUCCCAGAAGCCAGGAAAGAAAGGGCACUGGCCAUAUGUGAUUACUUGAUCCAAUCUCCAAAGCACAAGAAGUGGUCCCGUCUUGGUCUUGCUGUUGCAGUCGGCGUUUUGGAAUCUCUUACAGAAGCAACUCCCCGGUGA